AAACACCAACACGAAUUGUUUCCAAUCUUAGGCUGUUCUCAAUCUUCACCUCAAGGUUAGAAUGGAUCACCAAGGGCAUGGACAGCCCCCAGCGAUGGGGAUUGUUGGAAGCGGAGCUCAAAUGGCGUAUGGCGCUGCCCCCUAUCAAAACCAAGUGACUGGUGCCCCGAAUCCUGGGUCGGUCGGAGGCAUUCAACCGACCAAUCAGCCAACUGGAGCUCAACUUGCACAACAACAACUUGCUUAUCAGCAAAUCCAUCAGCAGCAGCAACAGCAACUUCAGACAUUUUGGGCGAACCAGUAUCAAGAAGUCGAGAAAGUUACGGAUUUCAAGAACCAUAGUCUUCCCUUGGCCAGGAUCAAGAAGAUCAUGAAAGCCGACGAAGACGUGAGGAUGAUAUCGGCCGAGGCCCCUGUCAUUUUCGCCAGGGCAUGUGAAAUGUUUAUCUUGGAAUUGACAUUGCGUUCAUGGAAUCACACGGAAGAGAACAAAAGGAGGACGCUUCAGAAAAACGACAUCGCGGCGGCGAUUACCAGGACUGACAUAUUCGAUUUCUUAGUCGACAUAGUUCCCAGGGAGGAUUUGAAAGACGAAGUUCUUGCAUCAAUUCCACGAGGAGCAAUGCCCGUCGGAGCACCUGCCGAUGCACUCCCAUACUACAUGCCUGCCCAGCAUGCACCCCAAGUUGGGACUCCGGGGAUGAUAAUGGGGAAACCGGUUGUCGACCCUGCUUUGUAUGCCCAGCAACCUCACCCGUACAUGACACAGCAGAUGUGACAACCGCCGGGCCCCGACCAACAGCAGUCAUCGUCCGAUCAUUACCGGCUGUAAUAGCAUAGAAGGUAAAGAAGGCAAUUACAGUGUUGUAAAUUGCUUUUUGUUGCAGUUUUCAUUCCCUGGGGUAUUCUUAUAUUUGCUUUGCUUUGGUAAAUUUGUGGCAAGACAUGUUCCUUUGGACAUCUCUGAGAAUGUUGUACGGAAUAAGGACGCUUUUUAUUUUCGUAGAAGUGAUUAGUUUGGUUACUUAGAGAUGUAAAAAUAGAAAUACAAACGUAGAGAUUUUCGUAGUCGGACGGAAUAAAUAAGCAGUUUGAACC